AUGGGAAAAAGUGAAAUGGAUCUUAACAACACAAUUUUGUUAAAUGCUGUUAAAGCUUUUAAGCCCUCGAAAAUUAGAUUGAGUGGAACAUUGCAAGAUAAGGUUAUAUAUGAGACUGGAAAGCCACAGCAACCCUGUCCCCAAUUUGUUAAUAACUCUGAGAUGUUUGGCUUCUCUGAAGGCUGUCUACCAAUGUCUAGAUGGGAUGAACUUAGCACUUUCUUCAAAAAGGCUGGGGCUGUAGUUAUCUUCGGAUUAAAUGCACUCAGCGGAAGGACUCUGACAUCUGAUGGCUCUGCAGUAGGACCUUGGAAUUCUACAAAUGCAGAAUUGAAUCCCUUAUACGCUAUACCGUCAACAAGAAUUAUACAAUACAUGGUUGGGAGCUUGGAAAUGAAUUGA